UGUAAGGAAUGGAGGUCCUCCGCUGUAUGGAAGGGACUGGAUCAAAGCCCUGGGCAUGCCUCCUUUUACCAUUGCCCAAUGUACAUUGCUUUCUAAAGUAGACCAUUGGGUGGAAUCCCUGAAGUCACGUUUUAAAGAGGUUUUUGAGGACUCUUUGGGCACCGUAAAAGGAAAGAUGGCCCACCUCCUCUUGAAGCCUGGUGCUACACCUCGUUUUUGUAAGGCAAGAUCAGUACCUUUUGCCUUGCGAAAAAAAGUGGAAGCAGAGCUGGACCACCUAUUGGCUGAAAAGAUCAUAACGAAAGUGGAUAGAAGUGAAUGGGCAUCACCAAUUGUGCCUGUCAAGAAAAAGAAUGGAGACAUUAGGAUUUGUGGUGAUUUCAGGGUAGCUCUGAACAACCAACUUCUUGUGGAUCAAUACCCAUUGCCUCGACUUGAAGAUUUAUUUGGCUCACUGGCUGGGGGGCAAAAGUUUACAAAAAUAGACUUAAAGCAAGCUUACCUGCAACUGCAAGUACACCCAGAUUCACACCAUCUGUUGACCAUUAACACUCAUAAAGGAUUAUUCCAGUAUAACCGCAUGGUUUUUGGCAUAGCCCCAGCUCCAGCCAUCUGGCAGCGGAUCAUGGAUGAGGUACUGGCAGGAAUACCUUUCACCCAAUGUCUACUGGAUGACAUGCUCAUCACUGGUCCCACUGAUGAAGAACACAGAAAGAAUGUUGAAGCUGUGCUAGGGAGACUCCAAAAGUAUGGUUUACGUGUCAAUCUGUCAAAAUGCGAAUUUCUCAAGUCUCAACUGGAGUUUUGUGCCCACACGGUGGACCGACAUGGGUUACACACUACUGAAGAAAAGGUUAAAGCCCUUACCCAUGCCCCUACCCCCCGGAAUGUCACCCAGCUCAGGUCCUACCUUGGCCUCCUAAAUUACUACCACCGUUUCUUGCCGAACCUAGCACACCAGCUCUACCCAUUACAUCGCUUACUGGAUGCAAGAGCUAAAUGGAUAUGGACAGACAAAUGUGAAGAAGCUUUUCGGCUUUCUAAAGAACUCAUUCUGUCUUCUCGAGUUCUGGUCCACUAUGAUUUAAAGAAACCCGUCAUCCUGGCUUGUGAUGCCUCGCCUUAUGGACUGGGUGCCGUGCUUUCCCAUGUCAUGCCGGAUGGCACGGAGCGCCCCAUUUCUUUUGCCUCCAGGUCUUUAACCUCAGCAGAACAAAACUACUCCCAGAUUGACAAGGAAGCUUUGGCCAUUGUAUGGGCCACAAAAAAAUUUCACGCGUACAUCUAUGGUCGGGAGUUCACACUGAUCACUGACCACAAACCUCUGUUGUCAAUACUGAACCCUCAGAAAGGAAUUUCUACAACAACCGCAUCUCGCUUACAAAGGUACGCUUUAUUUUUAGGAGCUUAUGCUUAUUCUAUCAGAUACCGCUCCCAUGAUACCCAUGGCAAUGCAGAUGCCUUUUCCAGAUUGCCACUAAGAGAUGACCACCCACUAAGAGAGAUACGUGUAGUGGAAGUACACAGGCCCCAAUCUUGCAUGUCCACCUCCCUGAUUGCCAGACAUACAGCCACAGAUCCUUUCCUGUCUCAGAUAUUCUCUUAUGUUCAGACUGGAUGGCCAGAGAGAGUUUCAGGUGAAUUUCGUCCGUACUUUGCCAGAAAAUGUGAGCUUGUGACUAAUGCUGGUUGCCUACAAUGGGGCAAUAGAGUGAUUGUACCCCAGUACUUGCAAUCAACCAUGCUAAGGAUACUGCAUGAAGGCCAUCCUGGUGUGGUGCGCAUGAAGCAGCGAGCCCGGAGCUAUGUUUGGUGGCCACAAAUGGAUACAGCAAUUGAAGAUUAUGUUGCUCAAUGUCCUGGGUGCUGUCAAGCCCAGCGACCCCAAAAGAGAGGAACCCUACAACCUUGGCCAUGGCCAACAGAACCGUGGUCCAGACUCCAUCUUGAUUUUGCUGGCCCCAUCCAGGGUAAAAUGUAUUUGAUCGUGGUAGAUGCGCAUUCAAAAUGGCCGGAGGUUUUUCAAAUGCCUUCUAUUACCUCAGCUGCUACCAUUCUAGUCUUAAGGAAGCUCUUUGCUCAAUAUGGCUUGCCAACAGCCAUAGUCUCCGACAAUGGAACUCAAUUUACAUCGCAUGAGUUUCAAUCCUUCCUUAGUGGCUUGGGCGUCCAACACUGUAAAACAGCUCCUUAUCAUCCAGCUUCAAAUGGGCUGGCAGAACGAUUUGUGCAGACAUUUAAGAAGCACUUACUGUCCACUCUGGACCAGGUUGGACUGUCAGAAGAGAAGCUGCUGGAAUUCUUGAUCAUGUACCGUAACACGAAACACGCUACUACUGGGCUGUCACCGGCUUUUCUUAUGUUUGGCAGGCAUCUCCGCACCAAACUUGAUUUAGUUCGUCCGCAGGAACAGUCACCAACACCUCCUCCGCCGGGCCGUCUGGGAUUCCGUGCCGGUGAUCUUGUAUGGUCUCAGAAUUACAGAGCUUUGCCUCCUUGGCUUCCUGGCGUUAUUGAUGGAACUCUUGGCAGAAGAAUGUACCUUGUCCGCCUGGAGGAAGGCAUUUGUGUUCGGCGACACCUUUCACAAUUGAGGAAACGCAUUUGCCGGCCACUAGUGACAAAACCGACCCUUCUUUCUAACCACCCACCAGAGUCUACUCUGAACUCUGCUGGUGACAUAUGGCAUGGUGUCUGGCAUGAUCCCACAAGUUUACAACCAAACCCUGAACCGGUUGGUGACCAUAUUCCUGAAGAGCCCGGACAUGUGCCUGGAGUUACAGAGACUGAUUUGUCUGUGGGACGCCCACUGACAUCUCCAGUACCUUUGACUGACUUUAUCCCUCCCGGUGCUGUGCCUCUGCGUAAGUCUACCCGUCAAAGACGUCAAACGCCUCGCUGGCAAAGUGCUGAAAUCUUACGGGACACAUUGGAGGUCAGGGAACAGAGACAAAGGGCUCAUGAAGUGCUGCGGAAAUCACAGAACUGA